AUGGCGGCCUCUCGCUUUCUCCUGUUAGGACUUCUGGCUAAUUUGGCUUUCACUGCCGCAUUGGCAUCGGAUAAUACUCCUCUCCAAGAUUUCUGUGUUGCAGAUACCAAAAGUCAAGUGGUCGUCAAUGGUUUGGCAUGCAAGGAUCCUAAGACAGUUCAAGCCAACGAUUUUUCCUCCAGUGGACUACAAAUAGCAGGCAACACAUCAAAUCUAGUUGGUUCAAAGGUGACCCCUGUGACAGCCGCCCAAGUACCAGGACUUAACACUCUUGGCAUUUCACUUGCCCGUAUUGACUAUGCACCGUGGGGCAUCAACCCUCCCCACACCCAUCCUCGUGCCUCCGAGAUCUUGACAGUCUUGGAAGGUAGUCUUGAAGUUGGGUUCGUCACCUCUAAUCCCGAAAACCGCCAUGUCACAAAAGUGAUACAGAAGGGUGAUGUGUUUGUAUUCCCAGUUGGCCUCAUCCAUUACCAAAGAAAUGUUGGGAAUGGAAAUGCCAUCGCCAUUGCCGCUCUUAGCAGUCAAAACCCUGGUGUUAUCACCAUAGCAAAUGCUGUAUUUGGGUCGAAUCCGGAUAUUGCGAGCGACAUUCUAGUGAAGGCAUUCCAGGUGGAUAAGAAUGUCAUCACCCAUAUCCAGUCCAAGUUCUAG